AUGAUAUCUAUAGAUAACGCAAACACUGGGAGAAGAUCUACUUUAUCAUCCACCAUUUCCUCGUUUGAUGCAGAUAGGUCAUUGUACAAUUCAACAACAUCAAGUACUGGGUCUACCAGCUCUUCUCCAUAUCCCAGAUCUUAUCAUCCACGAGACCUCCUCAACAGUUUUAUAGAUUCAUUUAAAGAAUUCGAUUACUCAACUUUACCACCAGUUUAUAACAAUAUUACCGACCAGGAAAGUCAACUUCAACUCAAUCCUGCUAAUCCAAAUUUCGACUAUUCUCAUUUCACACAAUUAGAAAGAGAUGCAUUGAUUACUGCAAGCUCACCAUUGUCCAAACGAUUGAAAACAAGACAUUUGACAUGGAUAUCAUUAGGUGCAUCAAUUGGAAGCGGUCUACUUAUAUCUUCUGGUAGCUCAUUGGCCCAUGCUGGACCCUUGGGUUUAUUGAUUGUAUGGAUUUUUGUUGGGUCGGUUAUAUUUGCAACCAUGUCAAGUUUAGCAGAACUAGCCACUGCAUUCCCAGUGAGUGGUUCAUUUACAACAUAUGUUACUUUAUUCGUUGAUAAAUCAAUAAGUUUUGCCAUAGCAUGGAAUUACGCACUACAGUGGCUAGUAACAUUUCCGUUACAAUUAGUUGCUGCUUCUCUUGCCAUUGAGUAUUGGACAAUCAAAAUUCACCCAGCAAUAUUUGUCACCAUCUUUUAUGUCUGUAUUGUUUUUAUCAAUUUAUUUGGAGUCUACGGCUAUGCAGAAAUUGAAAUGGUAGUUAGUAUUAUAAAAGUAAUUGCUGUGAUUGGAUUCAAUAUUUUGGCAAUCAUAAUUGUUACUGGUGGCGUCCCUGGACAACCAUAUAUUGGUGCCAAAAAUUGGCAGGGUCCACAAGGGGGACUAUUCAAUACAAUUGAACCAUUCAAACAAAUGUGUUAUAUAGUAUCCAAUGUUGCGUUUGCCUAUGGUGGUGUGGAAUUGUUCGGAUUGGCAGCUGUGGAAACGGCAUCGCCUAAAAAAUCAAUCAAUCGUGCCAGAAAACAAAUUUUUUAUCGACUCAUGGUGUUUUAUAUUUUGUCCAUUGUUAUGAUUGGAUUUGCUGUAUCUUAUAAAACCCCUGAAUUACAAGAUAGUGGUGCUUUUGGUACUGAUAUCAAUGCUUCACCUUUUGUUAUUGCCAUCAAGCAAGCGAAAAUAAAGGCAUUGCCGUCAAUAAUGAAUGGGGCAGUUAUUCUUACAGUGCUUUCUGUUGGAAAUGCCUCUGUAUAUGCAUCUACAAGAGUCCUUUGCGCUAUUGGGGCAUUACAACAGGGCCCAAAGUUUUUGAGCUUUAUCGAUAGAAGUGGACGUCCAAUGGGGUGUUUGAUAGUUCAAUUUGCCUUCGGAUUAUUAGCUUACUUGAUUUGUAUACCAGGCAAAAAUGUUCCAGCACAGAUUUUUGAUUGGCUAUUGAGUUUGUCUGGCUUAAGUGCUUUAUUCACUUAUAUAUCAAUUAAUGUUUGUCAAUUGCGAUUCAAUUGUGCUUUGAAACAUCGAGCAAGGAUACCCAAAGACGAAUUGUUGUACGUGUCACCAUUAUGGUGCUCGUGGUAUGGAAUAUUCGCCAUAAUAGCAAUAUUGGCAUUACAAUUCUGGGCCGCUUUGUUUCCACCUGGCGCAGGAAAAGCUGACGUCGAAAGCUUUUUCAAGAUAUAUCUUGGUGGUCCUAUAUUAUUCUUGUGCUGGUUAGGUCAUAAAUUGUACUCUUAUUGGUAUUUGAAUGUGCCUUUAACCAAGUUCUGGUUGACCGUUGACGAGAUAGACAUCGAUACUGGUAGAAGACAAAUCGAUUUGGAAACUAUAAAACAAGAAAUCGCAGAAGAAAAAAUCGUCAUGGAAAGCAAACCGUGGUGGUAUAGAUUAUAUAAAACUUUUUGUUAG